UGUAUACCUGUUUCGGUGGAUGUUUUCAGAUCUUUUGCUCACUUUUAACUGAGUUGCUUGUUUUUCUUUUUUCUUUAAUUGUUGAGUUUCAAGAGUUCUUUGUAUAUUUUGGGUGUAAGUCCUUGUAAAAAUGUUUUGCAAAUAUUUUCUCCCAGUAUGUGAUUUGUUUCUUUAUUAUCUUAACAGUGACUUUUGCAUGGCAGAAGUUUAAAUUGUUUUUUCUUUUAUGAAUUGUGAUUUAAGUGUUGUAUCUAAAGUCUCAUUGCCAAACCCAAGGUCACCUAGAUUUUUUCCUGUAUUUUCUUCUAGGCUGCUUAUUUGUGUCAAAUGGAUUUAGAUCAGCCAGGAAAGAGUAGCGUAUCCCAUUCUUAUUGAUAUGAUUUUAAAGAGCAUAUUUUCUGACAGUCUAUGAUUUUAAAAAACAAGUUUUCUCAGUAAAAGUGUAGCUAUGAAAAAGGUUGUUCUGACUCAACAGCAGCAGCCUGACCUUGGGAAAAAAGUUGUUUCCUGUUAACUUUCCAGCUGGUUUUAUCUGUGACUGUUUUUUGUGUGUCUGUUUUAAUUUGCACAAUGAAUGGACAGUCUAAUGUUUUACUUUUUCAGAGGGAGCAGAUAUUUUGCUUCCUCACCACACAAGCUCACCACACAAUGCAGGGUUCUUAGCCUGCAUCGACUUGAUCAUAAACUCAGGAAAAGACAGAUAUUGGUCAAUAUUUCCUUCCAAAAGUUGAGAUGAUAAAGUAGAAGUAUAGAAAUCCUAAAGUCCAGACCUUCCUUGUUCAGCCAGGUUUUGCUCCUUCUCCACACACCUUUGUUCUUUUCUCCAGCUUCCAAGGAAUCUCACAAAGGGAGUGGGAAACAAUGAACCUAUUACUUCUUUCCUGCUUUAAAUCCAAUUCCACGGAGUCACGGAGACUGUUGGGCAGGAUCUCUGGCUUGGUGCAAAGUGGGGCGUGCUGCCUAAAGUGAUUAGUUUGGAGGCCUUCUCUGUGCCGUCGCUAUGGGAAUGCCAGCUGUGUGUUGGCUGGGUGCGGGGGCCGAGUCGCCAGGCCACACUGCAAGCCUCUACAUCCUCAGAUGGAUGUAGGGGUCCUGGCCCCGCCCCCUGCGGACCCGGAGCCCUGUCAGUUCCGUCCCCGGCCCUGGGAACUGCUCUUGACUCCACUCUGCGUGUCUGCCGGAAGCUGGCUGGCAGCGCUACUUGCUGCCCCGCCAGGCCGGGUGAGGGCGGAGCCAGGCCUCCAGCCGCGAGGACUGGAGCCGCGGGAGGUGGAGCCCCGGUCCGGAAGCCGGGGAUCCGCGGCCAUGACGGUGCCGGUCCGCGGCUUCUCGCUGCUCCGCGGCCGCCUCGGCCGAGCGCCGGCGCUGGGCAGAAGCACAGCACUCUCCGUAAGGGCACCGGGAGAGCCCGGGAGCGCGUUCCGGGGCUUUCGGAGCAGCGGUGUGAGGACCAGCAGAGAGAAGAGAUUCCAUCUUCCAGAGUACCCUGAUGGGAAGAUGAAUACAGCAGAAAGGAGCAACACCAGAUGAUCUUUUCAUGGGCACAUACUCUUACAAGGAAUCCCAUGGAGCUCAGUGAAAUUACACUUUGGCUUAGAGAUAAUUAAGUUGUGGAAGGAGGUUUAAGAGAGGAGCUUAGGUGAAAUUUGAGCUGUAAAUGACUAUGCUAAAUUAAAGAAAUGAUUAGUAAUAAGUGGCAUUUGCCAUUAAGAAAUUCACUUGGGAUCUGAGAAAACAUUUUACAUACAAGGUAGAAAACUUUAUGGUCAGAAUAGAACACAGUCUGAACCUAAAUUAAAAGUAGUGUUAAAGAAUUCAGGGCAGGAUAUUGUCCAAGAAGGCCUAGCCAGCUGCUCCACUUAACGUUACAUCAUAAAUGGUUUCUGUGUUGCUAUUGUUUUUAUUAGCAUUUCAAUGACUGUGUCAUAUUACAUUAAAUCAAUUGGCUCUAACUUACCUAACCAUCUUGCUGCUUUUUAAUGUCUAGUUCUUGGAAAAUGUGUAAUAAUUUACUCUCAGAUUGAGGUCAUGUUCUUGUCAACAUCAUACCAACAGGUUUGUUCACUUCAUCAUCUGAACUCUGUAGGUUUCUAUAUUAGGCUCAUUAGAGUGUUCCUAGAUCCAAAGACUAUGUAAAGAUCUAAAGAUUCAUAAUUCUAAAGUGAGGGCAUGUGUAUAGUUUACAACAGAUGUUCUCUCCCCACUUUUUUUUUUUUUUUUUUUUUUUUUUUUUUGCUGUUUGUGAUUAACUGGAACUGCAAUGAAUGCCAUCAUGCUUUUUAGGAAUUCAGUUGUGUUAUUGAAAAGUACAUUUUUCUUAAUAUCUAAGGAGCUCUUAGUCAGUGGUAAGCACUUUGCUGAGAUUUUGCACAUACAGUAUGUCCUUCGAUCCUCACAACAACUAAAGGAAGUAGAUAGACACUGUUACUAUUCCCAGUUAACAGAUUGAGAAGUUGAGGCUUAAAGAAAUUAAACUUGUCCAAGUUGACACAGUAAAUACAUGGGAAAGACAAGGUUUGAACCCACAUCAUCUUUCCAGUGUUCUCUACAAGCAGUUUAUAAUUAUUGACUUAUCUCACUUUUGCUUUUUUUCUUUUUGAAACAUGUAUUAAUAUUAAAUCUCAUACAACUUUUGUGAAUCUAGAAAGCUAAUUUGAAUGUAAAUUUUAUAAAUUAUUUUGUUAGAUUCCCUCAGUUUGAGAUGUUCUUAACCUAGGACCUUAUGAAUAGAAUUCAGGGGAUCCAUAAACUUGGAUUGGAGGUUACUAACUUCUAAUAAAUUUAGCAUUUUUUUCCGUUGUCAAUGUUGGCAACAAAUACAUAAUAUCAUCAGUACAUGUGACUUGCUAAUAUAAUUUACAAAUAUUUCAGUAUCACAAAGUUGAGGCAGAUACCACAAAACAUCAUCCGCACAUGACUGUUUUGUUAUGAUAGUUAGACCUACUGCUAGAUCCUGUUAUUUAAUACUUUUUAAAAAAAGCAUUUGAUAUUUCAGUAAAACUGGUUUCCUUGUAAUCCGUAUUUUAUAUUGAAUGUUUAAAAGGAUUGUUCUGAGAAAGAGUCCACAGGUUUCAGCAGAUAGGCCAAGAGCUUUUGUGGCACAAAGCUUAGCAUCUAAGGUUCUUUCUGACAAAGUUAGUUUGAAAAUGCGUGGAUAUUGUUUAGUACAGAGUCAGAAAAUUAGUUAAAAAACUGAAUAUCAAGAAGAGUCAUGUAAUGAAAAGUUAUUUUACUUUUUAUUGAUUUGCAAAUGUAAUUUCUAGUAAAAUUACUUCAAGAUGUGAAUAGGGUACUUGGGGUAUAAAACAAAUUUUUUUUAAAGAGGCCAUAAACUUAACACUUAUAGGUAUUCAUUUAUAUUAACAACACACCUCAAAAGACUCCCUAUACUGGUGAUUGGUUUUAUUCCCUAUGGAAUUUUGCCCUGUUUUUUGGGGGUUUCAUUUCUGUUGUAUAAACUCAAGAUAUCAAAGAUAUGCCCUAAGAUAUAAAGCAAUUAAACUGUUAGGGCCUGGGUAGAGCUUGGAAUUGUUAAUCAUCGUAUUAGGAUUUUUCAUCUUUUUUUGUUUGUUUGUUUUUUGUUUGAGGCAGAGUCUCGCUUUGUCACCCAGGCUGGAGUGCAGUGCAGUGGCGUGAUCUCGGCUCACUGCAAACUCCACCUCCUGGGUUCAUGCCAUUCUCCUGCCUCAGUCUCCCAAGUAGCUGGGACUACAGGUGCCUGCCACCACGCCCGGCUAAUUUUUUGUAUUUUUAGUAGAGACAGGGUUUCACGUGUUAGCCAGGAUGGUCUUGAUCUCUUGACCUCGUGAUCCACCCACCUCGGCCUCCCAAAGUGCUGGGAUUACAGGCAUGAGCCACCGUGCCUGGCCAGGAUUUUUCAACAUUAUAGAGAUAAAAUGGUUCAUUGCAGCUCUAGUUGAAGUUGGGAAUAAAGAUGAGAUUGAAACUAAGAUGUAGAUUUUCCAAGUAUAUGAAUUAAAUAAACUAUUGAUCUUGACUAGGUUUUAUUUGUCGUUAUGCUACUUUUUUGUGGAAGAGUAUUUUGAUACAUUGAAAUAAUCCCCCUCUUUGUUACUUUGCUCUAGUUUAUUAAAUACAUCAUUUGAUUCUAAUAAGCGUAGAUAAAGUGGUUAGUUUAUUUUCUGGAAGUACAAGUAAACAAGCCUAUGGAAACAGCACUAGAGAGUAUUCCCAUUAUAUAGAUGAAGAAAUUGCAUGCCGUUGAGAGAAGCUAAGUGACUUGCCUAAUUUUAUUAUUGCUACUAAUGGUAACCCAGAGCUCUGAUGCUCAGGACUUCUAAUUUCAGGUGAGUAAUUUGUACUACAUAGUGCUGCCCUGCUACUCACCAGCCACCACCUCCCUUCUUUAAUUUUUGCCUCCUGAUGAAGCCACAUUUCGUGGCUAGCCCAGCAGUAGGCUGGGCUUUUGGAAGGGAGGGUACCUUUUCUUGCCUUCUUUGGGGGAAGGUCAUUUCUGCCUUUGUGGGAAACCACCUGAGCAAGUAAUGACAGGGCACAUCAUGUAAACAAUAUCUAAGGGGUCAAAUGGAUUUCAUUUUUGAUAUGCAUUAAUGGCAAGGUCACUAUGUAAUUUUUUUGACCAAACUAGCACAUUUUUUAGAGUUAAAAAGGGGCAUGAAUGUAAUGAAAAUUAUAUUAUUUGGAAUAUUUAUUGGCUUACAAAUAUAUUAGUGAACUUAUAGAAUAGUUUCAAGCCAUUUUCAAAAUUAACAUUUUAAAAGAUAAUUUAUAUCCUUAUAUGUUAAAAUAAAAAUUUAUAUUAUGUGAACAUUCAGCAUGAAUAAUUAUUCCUGGUGCAUAUUCACAUACUCAAAUCAGUUUCUUAGCUAUAUCUUUUAACACCUUGAUACUGAUAAUUUUCUGAAAAAAGUUAAUAAGAUCUUAUGCUUUAUUUAUUUUUCUUUUUUGAGACGGAGUCUUUCUCUGUCACCCAGGCUGAGUGCAGUGGUGUGAUCUUGGCUCACUGCAACCUCUACCUCCUGGAUUCAAGCGAUUCUCCUGCCUCAGCCUCCCGAGUAGCUGAGACUACAGGCACGUGCCACCAUGCCCAGCUAAUUUUUGUAUUUUUAGUAGAGACGGGGUUUCACCAUAUUGGUCAGGCUGCUCUUGAACUCCUGACCUUGUGAUCCACCCACCUCGGCCCCCUAAAGUGCUGGAAUUACAGGCGUGAGCCACUAGGCCCGGCCCUUAUGCUUAAUUUUAAAGUUAAAUUUUCUGCAAUUUUCUUAACAGUUGCAAAUAGAAUCUUUGCUUUAGACAAUGGUUAUUUUAGUUUUAAAGGUACUGUCUCUAUAGAUGCUGAAGCACCACGUAAAAUCCUAAAUGGAACAGUCUUAAUUCUACAUUUUGCACAUUGAAAUGGGAAGAUAUUUUAGCCUAAAUAUUUUCACAGGUGCUAUCUUGGUGUAUCCUUUCAAAGUACUUUUCUUUGACAAAUACUUAGAUAAAAGAAAUAAGUUGUUUUUGUGUAUGAUUUUAAAAAUAGUUUACCAUAUUUAGAUAGGGGAAAAUUAAAAUUUUUCUCAAUUAUAUUCCAAUGUUUUACAAAAUGGUAAUUUAUUCAAGGAAAUUUUAUUCAACAAAAAACAUGAGCUCCAUCAGAAGAUUCUUCUCAGACAUUGAACUAUUUUAAAUUGCUAUUAUAGAUGUGUUUAUUUACUAAUUCUGCUGUACACAAAGUUCCACAAACUAGGUGGCUUGACACAGCGGAAAUCUGUUUUUACACUUCUGGAGGCUGGAAGUCUGAAAUCAAAGUAUCUGUAGGCCCACGCUCUGUCGAUCAGCUUCUGGUUAUUGCCAGCAGUCCUUGGUGUUCCUAAGGAGUUUGCAGCUGCAUAACUCCAGUCUUUGCUUCUGUUGUUGAAUGGUUGUCUUCCCUCUGUCUUCACUUCCCUUUGUAUGUGUCUCUGUGUCUUCUCUUAUAAGGACAGAAAUUAAAAUUACUUGUGCAUUGUUUGAGCUAUCAUUUUUUAAAUUAGUUUACUUCUUCCCUUCGUUUUGCAGAGAUAACGUUUCUGUUUGUAAGCUUUGGUUUCACUGAUUACAAUUCACUAAAAACUUUAAAUCUGAAGGUGUCCCUACCCCCAUUUGGUCUAUUUGUUGAAUAUGUUGAUUAAUAAUGUCCAACAACUUUUGAAAAAAAUACAACAAGUGUUGCCCAUCCCAGUGCCAGGCCAGUCCCCACAGACACAGCCUGUAAGCCGGUCCUUGCAAACGCAGACUCUAGGCCUGCACUAAUGCCAGGGCAGCAUCCAAAGAUUCUAGCUCAGCCUCUGCAGACUUAGACAUCAGGUAGAAACUCAUGGACCCACACUCUAAGCCUGCCGCAGUGCCAGGUCAGCCUCCAUUAAUUCAGGUCCAAGCCUAUCCCCCAGGGACCCAAACUCUGGACCCAACCCCAUGGUUCCAGGUAUCAGGUCUUCCCCUGCAGAUCUAGGUACCAGGGCCAUUCCAGAGGACCCUGGGCAAGCCUAGCCCCCACAGGCUUGGGACCAGGUCCAUUCCAGUGCCAGGCUGGUCCCCGUGGACUCAGGUUCAAGACCUACCCCAGUGCCAGGAUGGCCCCUGUGAACCUAGGCUUCAGGUCUGUAUUUGCAGGUCCAGGCUCCAGGACUACUCCUAUAUGCCCAGUUGACAGCCCACCCCAGUGGACCCAUGUACCAGAUUAGCCCCCUGUGAGUUGAAAUAUUAGGCCCACCACCUGCUGACCUAGGCAUCACCUGCCAACUAAUCCAAGGGCUUUAGCAGCAAGCCCACCCAUGGACCAUGCCAGAUGGCCCAUCAAGAAUCUCUAGAUGCACUGACUGGUGAAGGGCUUUCUCUACUGAAGCCAGUUUAUAAAGACUGGAAUAGGUGCCUACUUCUUCAAGUGAUAGACAGCAAUGAAAGGCCGCAGGAUUAUGAACCAUUAGGGAAACAUGGCACCACAAAAAGAACAAAAUAAAGUAACAAUAAUUGACAUAAAGAAAUGGAGAGCUACAGGCUGCCUAUCCAGAGAACACAGGUAGACAACUAGACAAUAUCAAUGAUUUAAAAUACUACAAAAAGGUAAAAACAAGGUACUGUGGGAGCUCAUAGCAGAUUCCCAGGGUACAGGGUUCGGAAAACAUUACCAGAGUGUUUUAUAAGCUGAGACUUGAGCAAUGUGUGGGACAGUCUUUGCAAAGUGGUUGGAGAGGUGAGAAAGGGAAGGAAGAGUGUUUCAGGCAGAGGGAAUAUUAUAUGUGAAGGCCCGCAGAGAACAUGGUGCAGUUCAUGAAUUAAAAUAUGACUGGUGUGUAGUGUGCCACUCACUAAGCACAGUGUUCUUUAAUAGUGAGGCUACAGUAGCUCAUGCAGAAGUUUGUAACCCAUAGGGAAGGAAUUUGGAUUUUAGUUACUUUUUCCCCCAAUUUCUCAGGUCAAAAAUGUUAGAGUCAUGUUUGCCUUCUGUUUUUCUUUUUUUCAUAUCCUACACCCAAUCUCAGUAACUUCCAAGGGUUCCACUCUCAAAAUAGAUUCAGAAUCAGACUACUUAGCACCUCCACGGCUACCCCUUUGCCUAACUCCCCAUCAUCCCUUGUUUGUUAUACUACACUAGCUUCUUAGCUGGAGUCUCCACUUCUCCCCUUGAUCUCAUAGAGUCUAUCCUCCAUAUUUUCACCAGUUAUUUUAAAAGUGAAAGUCACCUCAAAAUCUCUAAAUGGCUUCCUGUCUCACAGUAAAAGCCAACAUCCUUUCAAAGGCCUGCAGGGCCUUAUAUAAUCUGAUGUCCCACUCCUUCUGACUUCAUGUCUUAUCCUGGUUCACUUGUUCUUUCCACUGCAACCAUUGGCCUCCUGCUAUUCCUCAAAGAUUUCAGGUAUGCUCCUUGCUAAAGGCCUCCAUACUUGCUGUUCACUUCCCUUGGCCUAGAAUGCUUUUCUUCCAGAAAUCUACAUGACUUAUUUCAUUUUAUUCAUUUCUGCCCACAUGUCACCUGAUUUAUCAGAGAAGUUAUACCUUAACCCACCUAUAUAAAAUAACUGUGGCCCUCAGAUAAGUCCUUUCUCUGCCUCAUGUCACACAUGAUAUAUUAAAUGCUUGUUGUUUUUCAAUUUGCUUAUAUCUUCUUCAACUAGAAUAUAGUUUCCGUAAAAGUAGGUAAUUGUUUUGUGCCCUAUUAUUUAUAUUCCCAGUGCCCAAAAUAGUUUUCAGCACAUAGGAGACUUUCAAUAUGUAUUUGUUAAGUGAAUAAACAAUAAGCAUGUGGUGGGGAGUUUUAACCAGGGAGGUGAUGUAAUUAAAUUAGAAAACAAUCACUCUGGCUGCAGUAUGGAAAAUGGAUUAGAGGAGAUCAAGACAAGCCAGAGAGAAAUUUUAGGAUAUGUAUUAUUCAGUGGCUGAACAUUUGAAUUGUUCCUGAUGUUUAACCUUUUUAGCUUUUCAAGAAUUUUCACGUUGAAAAAUCUAAUUUGUUUAUGCACUAAAGUAAUGAGAAUGUGUGAGUUGACCAGUUCUUCCAGCACAUGGACCAAUACGGGCACUCUCCCAUUGGCCCUGCAUUAAUUUGAGGUUGCUUCAUUUUGCCUCUUACAGUGACUCCUACAGAGCUAGGCUUGCUGAGUCUCUACGGUGACUGAUGGAGUCAGUUGGAGAGCCUCAGAGUUGAAAAUGCUCAGAGACUUAACUCCUAAUUUACCCAUAAACACCAGCUGGCCAGGCUGUAUCAUGUCUGUUAUAAUUAGUUAGCGAGCUGACUUACCACCUCAGUGCUAUAAUUUAAAGUAAACCCUGAACAGUCUUAGACCUGAGUAUACAUGGUACAGUUAAGUUUAAUCUGUAUACAGGUUGUCUCUUUGGAGUCUGGGAAUCAGCUUGUGCUGUUGGUCGUCUCUGACACUCUCCAGGUCACGUGGGUUUGUACAGUCUAGGUCAUAAUUAGCCUGGAUCAUACUCAGUGAUUGCCAGCUUCACAGUGGCCUGUGAACAAAUUGUUUUGUUUAAUAGUGAGUGAAUCAAUAAUAUGUCAGCAGUAGCAUCACUACUCACAUGCUAUAAAAUGCAAGACAGAGUUCAGAUGUUUUUAUAUUUUAAAAUAAAAUGUAUAUUCCUUACUGUGUUAGGUGAUUUCUAGUUUUUUAACAGAUAAAUCUGCUUCUAUAAUAGUGUUCUACCCUAAGAAAAUAUUGCUGACACAAAUUGAUUUAUGGAAGGUUUUAUUUGCUACUACUUAUAAAUGAGUUGUGCUGGAAUUUGUUGCUGUAUCUGCAGUUCUUAGUAUUUGCUAAUAUACAAGGUCCUUGUUAUCUUAGUGCCAAAAGGCUACUUAAAUGAAUUCAUAAAAUAUCCUCACCAGAAAUUCAUAGCAAACAGUGAAAAAAGUUUGUUACUUUACUUUGAAAAAUAAAAACCUCAAAAGUUUUAUUUUAUUUUAACUUGAUUUGUCUAUAAUUACAUACAAAGUAUUGGAAGGUACAAAGCACAAGCUACAAAAGAUCACUCAAGAAAUAAUAGAUAACCAGAAUAGCCCUCUAUAUUAAGGAAUUUAAGGUUGUAGGUUUAAACCUUCCCCGAAAGAAAACUCCAGAAUCAGAUAGCUUCAUGGGUGAAUCCUACCAAACAUUUAAGGGAGAAAAAAAAUGCCAAUUCUUUACACACUCCUCUGGAAAUAUAGAAUUCUUCCUAAUCAUUCUAUGAAGCUAGCAUCAUCCUGGUAUCAAAGCUACAUGAUAACAUUAUAAGAAAAGAAAACUACAAACACCUCUUAUGCAUGUAGAUGCAACAAUUUUAACAAAAUUUCAGAUGAAAUCCAUGAUAAUCUGGAAAGGAUAGAUAUAUAAUAACCAACUGGGAUGUAUCCCAGGAAUGCAAGGUUGAUUUAACAUUUGAAAAUCAGUUACCGUAUUAACAGACUAACACUCGAGAAAAACCUGUGAUCAUCUCAAUAGACAUAAAAAACAUUUGGCAGUAUCCUCAUACAAAUUCUCACCAAACUAAAAAUAGACAUAAAUCAUAAACUGAAUGUAUAACUUAGGCCCAUAAAAUAUCUAGAAGAAAACGCUGGAGAAAACCUUUGUGACCUUGAGUUAGGCAAAGAUUUAUACAACACUAAAAGCAUGGUCCAUAAAAGGAAAAA